AUGAAUCUCACCAGUGUUGAUGAUAUUUUGCUGAAUAUUAAGAGUGUUGAUGCAAAUACAUGCGAAGGAGGAGCACAACUUUUUGAUGAACUAGAAUAUCCACCACAAGGGCGGCAACAAAAUUUUGGCCAUCCAGCAUACCAAUCCGGAUGGUUUCAACAUUUUGACUAUCCGACUUACACACAUCAAGGAGGGCCACAACACUUUACUCAAUUAACAACUCAUAUCGAAAAGAAUGAACACCAUUUUGGACAUACAACACACAUACCUCAAAGGGAUGGUUCUGGCAGUAAUAAUCAAUCCAUAUUUAAAUUAUUUGGAAAGGAAAUCUAUGUCGGAGAUCAAGGUGUUUAUUCUGAAAAUAAAAUGAGUAAAAAUAAAAUAAUCUAA